AUGUUGCUGAUUCAGAUCAGCCUAAUGGCUUUCUACUACAGCAAUCGUCCUUUGGUGUUCGAAGUCGCAGAAAACUUGCUCAAUCAGUCUUUGAUUCAGUAUCAAUCUUACACCGCGGAAGAGUCCAAUAGUGUACUGUUCAAUGUGAUGAUGCCCGCGUUGAACUGCUGUGGAAUUUACAACGGAUCGGAUUUCAAAAAUGCUCUACACUUUGACAAGCGAAUGCAAAUUAACGGUGAAGACAUCAGUAAGUGA